CUCAUGCGCAGUAACACGAUAAACUUGGCCUCGGUAUUGUGUAGUAAAUUAGAUUCCUGACAAUCCUGACAGUGUACUCUCUGUAUUCAUAUUGAUUAAUGACGAUGAAUGAUCGUCGAUCGGUCGCGAAAAAUGCUAGAAUUAUGAGAAUUUGAAAUUUCAGAUUGUCCUCGCGAUUUUGUAAAUGUUGUCGUUCGAAGUGUGACACAUGUCACGAAAUCUAACCUAUGACGUAAAGACUUGGUAAACACCGAAAAUACAGACCAUACAGAUAGCAGGUGGCUUCGGUAAAAGGUCGAAUGUUUACUAAAAAAUUACAUGUCACUUUGGUAGUGCUAAGAAAAUCGCAGUGUAAAGCAUUCGCGGACCCCCUUUGGAAAUGAGAAUAGCGAAAUCAACAGUUGUCCUUCUGGUCUUUGUAUUAAUACUGUCGAUACUUGUAGCGAAUGUUGCCGAUCUGAUCAAUGUCGACACGCACGUGUUAGAUGAUACCUCGUCUAGGAGAAACGGGUGGACAGAAUGGUCGCGACCAAAGUUUUACAAUAUUGGAACAUCAUUCGAUCAUCUGAUCUGGUUCUUACAGAUAUCAGACAUACAUAUAAGCAUAUUUCAAGAUCCAUUUAGGAUAACAGAAUUAAAAAAGUUUUGCAAUGUUACUGUGGACACCAUCAAGCCUUCUGUUGUGCUUGCUUCGGGCGAUCUCACGGAUGCAAAAGCAAAAGACGAGAAGGGAUCUAAGCAAAUAUUAGAAGAAUGGGAAUAUUAUAAGCAGGUUUUAGAUGAUACUGAAAUCACUAAGAAGACUUUGUGGUUAGAUGUGAGAGGCAAUCAUGAUAACUUCAAUGUGGUUGGUCUAGAGUCGAAAAAUAAUUAUUAUUCUAAUUAUUCUAUUCAAGGGAAGAAGCAUCCAAGGUCUUACAUGUAUAAUAUAAAUGUUGGUUCUGAAUUAUACUCAUUUAUAGCAAUAGAUGCUUGCUUAAAACCUGGUCCAAGAAGACCAUUUAACUUUGUCGGUGUGUUAGAUGAGCAUGAAAUUAAAAGUAUAUAUGGACUAGUAAAUAAGUCUUAUGAAAAUAAUGCAGAUUUUCUAAUAUGGUUUGGACACUAUCCUACUUCAUGCAUACUCUCACAUACUAAUACAGGUGUUAGAAAUAUCAUAGGCAGAUACCAAGAAAGCAUGGUGUAUCUCUGUGGUCAUUAUCAUAUGCUCGGUGGAACAGUACCUAACAUGUACACGCUGCAGCAAAUAGGAUUCCUUGAGUUGGAAUUAGCAGAUUGGAAAGAUAACAGGAUGUAUCGUUUGGCAGCAAUCGAUCAUGGUCAGUUUUCUUUUAUUGAUGUGAAGCACGAAGAAUGGCCUGUGGUAUUGAUUACCAAUCCUAAACAUACUUUAUACAUGAUGCCCAGGAAAGAGAAUUUACUGUCUCUCAUUAAAUCUACACACAUUAGAAUACUUGCGUUUUCACUAGCACCGAUAAAAUAUGUUGAUGUUCAAUUGGAUAAUGCUGCUUGGUUGAAGUGUGAACAUGUUGAAGGGCCUCUCUAUACCUCAAAAUGGAAUACGACAGAGUAUAGAAAUGGGAUACACUCUAUUCGAGUACGAGUCGUAGAUACCGAUGGCAGAGAGAAAGUAUUGUCUCAGCCGUUUGCUCUCGAUGGAUCUCGUUUAUCAUUCGGUAUUUUACCUAGGAUACUUCUUAUGUCUAAUGCUAUCAGCCUUUUUCAAUUUUUGUUCGCAACAGUAUUAGUCCUCUUAGUAGUUCCUUUGUGUCUAUUCCGGUUCCUUCAUGUGUUGUGCGAAAGAAAGCACAUGCAUCGACCACGAUACCCAGUAAAGUUUGUUUAUGCGUGGUUCAGAAAAUUGUGGAUCUUAUCCACCGUUGACCGCCUUUUUUUUCCAAUGGUACUUUAUGCAUUGUACUUAACAAUUGGUCCAUGGGCCAUUGGUGAAAUAAUAGAUAAUCAUACAGGUAUAAUUUUCGCUUGGGGAACAUACGUUAAUAAUUCUUACCUUCCUGGUGCCUUUACUUACGUUUAUGGAUUUUUCCAAUUAUUUUCGUUCCAUCUACCACUUAUGUUUAUCUUAGCUCAUAGAGUGGAUAAGCGGUUACAGAGUAUUAAUAAGCCAGAUAGUAAAUCGUCAUCAAAGAUUUGUCUUCUGUGGCAACAUUUGCCAAUAAUUUUAUUACUUAUAAUGCAAGCGAAUAUGGCUUAUUUCUUUUGGUUAGCAUAUGGGACAACAGCUACCAUAUUAUGUCCUCUCCGCACUUGGAGUAUUUUCUUAGCAAUGAUAUUAUGGUAUCAAGUAAGCAUGAUGCCAGAAUCUUGUCUAAGGUCCGCGGCAGCUGUAUGGUCAUCUCAUGGUUGAUUCAUAUCAGGCUAGACAAUUUACUAUUGAAAUGUAGCAACUUACUAACAUUUAUUUAUUACGUAACUUAACAAUUUUCACGCUUUUGCGUAAAAGUCAGUAAAUUUAAAAAAAUGUAUACAUAGUAAGUGAGUUAAUAGAAAAUUGGUAUAGUAUCUACUAAAUGUGGAGCAUUUAUUUUGU